UAUAUGUGGCUGGCAAAAGAACAGACAUGCCACUCCCCUCUCCCCUGCUAAAUCCCCGCUCCCUCCACUGUCUUAUCCGCCACUACCACUCUUCCACCGUCCGACACUCGAUGGCCGCCGCCGAGCCCAUAAGCCCAUCAAACACGCGUGUGGGCUGGAUCGGCACGGGCGUCAUGGGCCAGUCCAUGUGCGCCCACCUCAUCCGGGCCGGCUACACCCUCACCGUCUUCAACCGCACUGCUUCCAAGGCCCAACCUCUCGUCGACCUCGGGGCCCACUUCGCUGCUUCCCCCCACGCCGUCGCCGCCCGCUCCGACGUCGUAUUCUCCAUCGUCGGCUACCCCUCCGACGUGCGCUCCGUCCUCCUCCACCCAACCUCCGGCGCGCUCGCCGCCCUCCGCCCGGGCGGUGUCCUCGUUGACAUGACCACCUCGGAGCCCUCCCUCGCCGCCGAAAUUGCGGAGGCAGCCGUGGCCAAAGGCUGCCACUCCGUCGACGCCCCCGUCUCCGGCGGAGACCGCGGCGCGAAGAACGGAACCCUGGCGAUUUUCGCCGGUGGGGAGGAAUCGACAGUGAAGAAUCUGGAACCCUUGUUUUCAGUGAUGGGGAAAGUGAACUACAUGGGAGGGAGUGGGAAGGGGCAAUUCGCGAAAUUGGCGAAUCAGGUGACGAUAGCGUCGACGAUGGUGGGGCUGGUGGAGGGCAUGGUGUACGCACACAAGGCAGGGUUGGAUGUAGGGUUGUUCCUGGAGGCGAUUUCCACCGGCGCGGCCGGUUCGAAGUCGCUGGACUUGUACGGAAAGAGGAUCUUAAAGAGGGAUUUUGAAGCGGGGUUUUUCGUGAACCACUUUGUUAAAGAUUUGGGGAUUUGUCUGAAGGAGUGUCAGAAUAUGGGGAUUGCUUUGCCUGGUUUGGCUCUUGCUCAACAGCUUUAUUUGUCGCUUAAGGCUCAUGGUGAAGGAAAUUUGGGUACUCAGGCUCUGAUUUUGGUACUCGAGCGACUCAACAAUGUCUCUCUUCCUCCCUCCGAUUCCUGAAAUCUCAAAACAACGCAUUGCCCUCUGCACUCUGUUGUCUCACACAACCCUGUGGCAUAAUAAAGUUUGCUGAUUAAGUUACCCUUUUGUUUCUUUGAAGAAUUCUUUGGUAUCAACAAUGUUGGGGAUUUAUGUAUGAUGCUCAUGAAAAUGUGUUCUACCUCUUUAUCUCAAGAGUUAUAACACCGUUGUAUCAGUUACUUAUAAACUAAUUAUCCUAUUUUCAGUGAAGUUUUCACAUCAUGGAAAUGUAACUUCCAGAAUGCAUAGAAGGUGGCAGCAAUGGCAUUUCGCUUUAUUCCAGGUUUCCUAGUCGAUGGCAUGAAAAAACAAUACCGAUUACGAGGUUUGUAGUUGGGCCUCGCAAAAACAAGGUUGAUGUUUGCUGUAGAGUAGGUUUUAUACUAUUGUUUUGCUGUGAUGUUUGGAUUGGUCUUGGACCUGUGAAUGUUGCUUACUUAUGAAAGCUUUUCUUCUAUCUA